UUUUAAAGAGCCUCCUAAUUCAGGGGGCCUUUUUUGUCCAGUUAUGAAACCUUUCAUUGUACUAGCACUCUGCUGUAGUUUUUUCUCUAGCAGAGCCACCCCUCUUCCAUUUGAAUUUUUGGACUGUGAUGACCCUGAUGUCUUUAAAGCUGUCGACACAGCACUGAAGAAAUACAAUGGAGACAGAGAAACUGGUAAUCAAUUUGCUCUAUACAUCGUGACGGAAGCCAAGAGAACUGCAGGUCCUGAUACACAAUUCCAUGUGAAAUACAAAAUACAAGAAACCACUUGUGCCACUGAGGAAAACAAACUCUGGCAAGACUGUGAUUACAAAGUACCUGCAGAGGCUAGAACAGGAGAAUGCACAGCUCAAGUUCACAUGAGUAAUGAUGAAAAUACAAGUAAUGUUUCUCAAGAGUGCAGAAUUUUUCCAGCUACGCCAAAGAUAACACUUACUGAGGCUGCAUGUCUUGGAUGCUUUCAUCCUAUAUCAAGUGACAGUUCAGAAGUGUCAGAAAUUCUGAAACAAGCCAUUGAAAAUUUUAACAAGCACAGUGCUGAACCCACCCUUUUUAAGCUUGUGGAAAUAAUAGAUGCUAAAAGACAGGUGGUAGCUGGAUGGAAUUAUGUAAUUAAAUACGAAAUCAAGGAGACUAAUUGCUCCAAAGAUCAAUUUCAAGAUUUAACUCCAGAGUGCAAAAUCAUUUCUAGUGGUCGUGUAGGUAAAUGUGAUGCCAAAGCAUUUCAAAAUCUUCAAGCGGAGAUCGUAGAUACUGCAAGCCAAUGCAAGCUUCCAGUCGACGAGACAGUAAUUCCUGCCACUCACACGGGUUGUCCAAAGACUAUCCCAAAAGACAGUCCAGAACUGAAGGAACUACUGAAGGUUUCUAUGGAGAAGUAUAAUUCAGAGAGCAACGAUGAUUUCUACUAUAAAGGUGGAGAAAUAGAAACGGCAACAGUUCAGGUGGUUGCAGGACAAAACUACCAUUUAACUUUUCCAGUGUGGAAGACAAACUGCUCAAAGAAAGAGUUCGAAAAAUUUAAUGAAGACUGUGAAGCCGCAUCAGACAGUGCACCAUUGCCAUGUGAAGCACAAAUUCACGUGAUCCCAUGGGAGAACAAAAUCUUUCCCCAGGUUAACUGCUCUAAAGAACGGUCAAUGGCUGUACUUGUAAGAAGGCCUCCUGGAUUCACACCUUUCCGAAGCUUUGCUAUAGUAGACCAGCCAAAUGAAAUUUCAUGCUCCAAUAAAAAUGAAGAAGAAAUGCAAAGACCUGGCAAAGAAACGAGAAAAGAUGGUGGACAGGAACCAGAAGGUGAAGGUGAACCUGAGCAUAAACACGGGCAUAAACAUGACCAUAAACACAGGCAUAAACAUGACCAUAAACACAGGCAUAAACAUGGGCAUAAACAUGACCAUAAACACGAGCAUAAACACGAGCAUGGACAUAAAAAGGAUCAUGAGUCUAACAAAAGGCAUAGACAUGAAAUUGGUUGUGGGCACAGAAGUGGCCAUGGGUGUGGGCAUAAAAAACACAGUAAAAAUGGUAAACACAAACAUCCAAAACUCAGCUCUUCUGAGGAGUCUGAUGAAAAGGUUUUUAAUCAAAACGAAACCUUCCCAUCAUCCAGUCCUGAAACUGCAGCAGAGCUAGUUAACCCAGGGGUUGCAAGAAAGGAAACCAGUAUACCUGCAGAAGCACUAAUUCUUCAUGAUACUUCUUUAUCUAAUGUGUUGCCUGAUCACACAGAAUCUCCUCAACCCAGGUGUCCUGGAAGACCAUGGAAACAAAUUAUGGACCUUCCAGCUCCUUCUAGCUUUCCCAGGGAAUUCACCAAUGAGGAUCUCUUGCCUUCCUCAGCAGAAAACAUGAAUCCAGCAACAGAAGAUGCAACACCUCCCCAAAUUGAAGAGAAAGACCUUGAUCUUGCAGAUGCUUUGCUAUAA